GUUUUCGUUCGACAGGUGCAGAUCCUGCCUACUUUUGAACGCACUCACUAGACCGCAACAUGCGGGUAGCCUUCGUCCUCUACGCCCUACUGGGCUUGGCGUCGUGUGCGACCGCCCAAUACGCCCAUGAUGUAGUCGUCGACUCAACUGACCGUCACCUUCGCUACGACACGGACGUCGCUGUACUGGAGCCAGUGCGAGACAAUAAGGCCCAGUCGUAUCGAUCAAGUAGCAAUGGGUCGAGGCGCGAGGCGGGUCCCAAACGAGCUCCCGGCCACUCAGCCAAGCCGAAGAAGCGCAGCAAUGUUCACAAACCUGCUCAACCUUACAGAGAAUCUCGUACUCGUACAAUCAACAAUGACGCACAACACCGUCAAGGAGGUGCCACGCCACGGCAAGUCGGGCGAAGUCGCGGCGACUACAUGCAAGUGGGCCAACACAACAAGCCAGCGAAGAAGCAAAUCUUCAAGAAGGUCAAAAAGGUGGCGAAGAAGGGGUUGAAGGUCGUGGGCAAAGCAACAGCGGUCGUGGGCAAGGUUCCGGGGCUUCAAUUCGUCCCCGGUCCCAUCGGAUUGGUUGCCAAAGGUGCCCAAAUGAUCAACACACUACAAAACGCCAAGGGCAAGGGCGGGCUAUUUCGAGCUGGCCUUAGUUUGGCUGGCCAAGGAGCGUUGGGAGCUAAAGCUCAAGUGGUCGCUGGCAAGGUCAGUAAAGUGAAGGCAGUGUACAACGCCCGCAAGAACCCAAAGGCGCUGCUUGGAGCAAGCCUCAAUUUGGCCGGCAGUGGCAUGCUAGGGAAGGGGGGCCAGAAUUUUGCUGGGAAGGCGCAAAAAGUGAUUGACAAGGUCGGAAAGGUCAAGGCUGUCUACGACACCCGGAAGAACCCCAAAGCACUCGCCAACGCCGCGUUGGGAUUGGGGGCCAGUGGUAUGCUGGGCAAGAAAGUGGCCAACGUCGCUAGCAAGGGACAAAGAGUUAUGCAUCGCGCCGAGCAAGUGCAAAACAUUUACAACAACCGCAAAAAUCCUCGUGGAGCCAUCGCGGGGGUUCUGGACAUGGCGCAAGACGGUGCGUUCGGCAAGCGAGGAGUGGCAGUAGCCGCCAAAGGCCAACAAAUGGUGAAGCGAUUCGACCAAGCAAAAGCUAUCUAUGACAACCGAAGAGACCCCCGUAAAGCCAUUCAAGGGGCGUGGAACUUGGCCAAAGACGGCGGACUCGGCUCAAAAGUUCGAAGUGCGACCAACAAUGUCGAGACUCGCGUUAAGACUGCUGCCAAGAAAGUAGCCAAGAAGGUAGCCAACCAGGUGCAGCAAAAAGUGCAGCUGCAUCGCCCGGCGCUACAGCCAGCACCCCGCGCAGCCCCAUCUACCGCCGCACAACCUCAACCGUUUCUUCGCGGUCGUAGAGGCUAGAUUUGUGUGUUUAUUUCGUCGACAAGGCAAGCCGCUGUUUAAAUCUAUUUUCUUUAUGUCAA